GUGGUAAUCGAUUCCUCCAAAAUGCAACAAGUUUUAACAAACAGUUCUUCAAAUUUUCUCCAGAUUACAGACUCAACAAUGAAGAAGAUCGAAAACAACAAUAAUCUGCGACUAGUAAUUAAUGCGUACAAGCAUGUCGAAUUCAUCCGGAAACGUUUCAACAAUGAUCAAAUUUCACACCCGAGAGGAGAAAAAAAUCACCCAUUUGAUCAAGCAUCUAAAACAAUUAUUGGUCAGUCUGAAAAAUACUCACAAACAAAGAGAUCAGGGAGGCAUAAACGUUCAACAGACAACGAGGGAUUUCUUGACGACCCAAACAAUAUUGCGAUGUUUAUUGUAUUUCCUUGUAUGGUUUUUAUAUACGGCGGAUGUGCGGUCAUAUAUUGUUGUUAUAAGUGUAAACAUUAUGUUCGUGAAAAUCAACCCUUCCGAAAAUUAAAAGAACGAAUCCAGAACAGGAAUAACAAAAGGAAUGCAACAGAUAAUGCAAUGGAUACAAUGGAAAGUCAAACAUCAAACUCGUCAGAAGCUCAAGCAACUACUGUUGCACAAACACAUAAGCAGGAACCCAAAAUUAGAGUGUUUCAAAAAGAUGAAAGUAAAUCAGUGAAAGAACAUAGUAGUUUGAAUGCACAGAGUAGCAUAGAUUCAAAAGUAACCUUUGUUGACGUCGAAUAUGAAGAUGAAAUUCAUUCUGCGAUGUCAACACCACUACCUCAUCGUGAUGAAACUGUUGAAAAUGCCGAAACAACUCCUACGUCGGAAUCACAUGUAGCUACAGAUACUAGCACAUAUUCAUACCCAUCACUUUGUACUGUGUCGACAAGAGUUAGCACCGUUAACGAAAGAGAAACGCCUAUACCGAUAUCUCUAUCGUCGCGAAACGAGUCAAUUGACAAUAAACAAAUUGUGUAUACGUCAUCAGAAUCCGGUCAUUCAGUUUAUACGUCUUUUCCCAAAGUUUGCUUGGUAGAUAUGGCCUGUCAAACUGAUGAUACAAGUCCAACAGAAAAUAAAUCAAGAAAUAUCUUAGUUAAAUCCAAAUUUGGUAGAAAUUUAAACAAAAAGAAACAAAAUAUUCGGAAAAAAUCAUCUAGACCAGGACAGAUUCAUUAUGUUGAAAGAUAUGUAUCGUUGAAUCCGUACAGAGACCAAGUUGAAGCCGAUACUGUUUUUCUCUCUAGAAAUCACAACAAAAAGAAAAAUUUAUAUGACGCAAUUGAAGACGCUGUAAGACAAGAAAACAAGGGAGAAAAUAGGAAAUACAGCAUAACCUCAAUUGAAUAGCACGAAACAUUGAUGUUUUAUCCUUCAAUUGAUAUGAUUGACGUUAGGACUUGACAUCCAUCUUUUCAUGUUAUAAUCUGGUGUGCCAUAACAUAAGGUAGUCAUGUUUUCGCAUCUUGAUUUCCAAAGAACGAGGAAGUUAAGUGGUUUCUAUAAAUAUAUUUGACAAAACGUGUCUGAUUACGUAUAAACAUUCGCGAAUUAUAUGUACUUUUCCCAUCGAGUUUGAUUAAUGCACAACGAACAAGUAAAGAUUACUUAUCAUAAGAAUGACAUUUUCGUCAUUAUUUUGUUUAUCUUUGGUAUAUCCAGGUCAUUCUUCAAUGUAAUUAACUCAAAUAUGCUUUAGAUUUUGCAGCCUGGAAAACUGUUAUCUUUGCCAAUAUCGAGACAAAUGUGAUACAGUAAUCAGACAUUGACACUUUUAUCAAAUUCCAAUUGGCAGUAUGUGACAUUCCUACAAGUUGCAAAGUGAAAUCUAUUAAACAGAACAAGUAGGAAUGAUUUGUGGUUCUUUUUGGAUGAGGUGUGAAUUUACAACUUUUUGGAUUUUUUUUUCCCAAUGAAAUUUAAAAUUAGUAAUUCAUGUCUUUCUAUUUUCCGUGUUUAUUUUUUAAAUACAGGGGUUUGUUUGUACCUCUAGCUUUUUUUCUGUUUUUGGAGUUGCAACCUACAUCAGAAGUACUUUAAUUCAUAUUCUUUUGUGAUGUUUGUUUUGAUUUGUCCUGUUUUGAUAAAUAAGCGUUAAUAUGUAUCGAAUUCUUACAUUUCCAAUGUUAUAGCCAGAGAAAUCAAUCCAUUUUAAUCAAUUAUUUUGACGUUUCAUGGUAUCUAAUCUGUCAAAUAUUUACUUUAAUUGCUUAACAGCAAUAUAUAAAAAUAUGUUAACACUUGAUAAUUUGUUUCACAUAAUGGGAUGCUUUAGAUGUAUUA